AUGGAGGUUUACAAGCGCAAGCGUAAUAGACCUACAGCCUCCGCUCUUAGAGCACAUACUCAACAAAUUCAGGGUGAGACAGGUGGCUCUAAUGAUGAUAAUAAUCCACAAAUGGAGGAUGUUGUUGCACAUGAGAACAUAGAGACGCCACCUUUGCAAGCUGAUGCGAGUCAUAGUACGGAUGUCCCUGAGGAGACUUCUUUUCUGUACGGUCCUCGGAUAUUAGAUGUCAUUCCGAAUUUUAGUCACCACAUUGCAUGUAGAAUAUCGAAAGGAAAUGAACGUGAGUCUAUUCGUAUGCAUUCUCACGGAUCUAAGCUAUUGGAGUGGAAGAUCCCUGUGACAGCCACUCGAUUCAGAGCGCUUAUUGAUAGAAGCGGUUUGAGUGUUCUUGCAUCUUGCACGUUUGCACAUUGCGAUCGAUGGUUGAAAUCUGCACUUUUGGAGCGUUGGUACCUAGAUACAAACACAUUGCACUUCAGGUUUGGUGAGAUGACUGUGACUUUAGAUGAUGUGUCUUCUUUAUUACAUAUACCUAUUGAGGGACAUGCAGUGGUUGCGCAUAGAUUGACUACUACGACUACCAUUGCACUACUUAGUGAUGCAUUAGGAGGGUCCAUUGAUGAGGCAGUGUCUACACUUGAGGGUGGCACUGGACAUACCGUAAAGCUUGAGUGGCUUCGAGUCCAGUUUAGUGGUGUUGAUGACAGUUGCUCGCAGGAGCAGAUAGUUUCAUGUGCACGUGCAUAUUUGUUGUAUCUUCUAGGUUGCACUCUAUUCGUAGGUAAGAGUGGCACUCGAGUCCAUGCACACUAUCUGCACAUGUUUAUGGACAUUGAUUCUGUGAGAGAUUAUGCUUGGGGUGCAGCCGCACUUUGUCAUCUAUAUCUCCAGCUUGGGGAUGCGACUAAAGAUGACACUAGACAGGUUGCUGGGUAUCUAACUCUUCUAGAGGCGUGGGCUUAUGAGCAUUUUCCACGAGUCCGUCCAAUUCGAUGCCCUUCAAUUGUACGUUACUAUGAGGAUUCACCCAGAGCAUCUCGUUGGAUAGAUAGGGACAUUCCUGGAGGUGGUGUAGAUUUAGGAAGAGCCACACGGCUGAUUUUUGAUACAAUGUCUUCACAAGAGGUUGUGUGGGAGCCAUAUCGAGAUGCCAGACAUUUUCACCCCUUCCAUGAUAUAUCUUUCUUCACUGGUUGUAUCCCAUUCAUCAAUGUUGUUGAGCCUUAUGGUCCAGAGCGCGUACUCCACCAAUUCGGACGUGUGCAGAUUAUUCCACCCAUUCCGCUAUCUCAUAACUCUCGGCGCGAGUCCAUUCGUCGCGGGAAGCGCAAGGCAGACGUGAUCCAUGUUCAGACAUGGGAUAGAUGGAGAAGUCACCUAUUGGAUGACACAUUGCGGAGUGUCCCUGUUGGGAUGGAUGGGAUAGAUUGUAUUGAUGGAUUUAUGGAGUGGUAUGUCCCACGUACUCAUUUAUAUGUUCAUCCUGUGCAGUUUCCAGAUGCCGUACCUUUACCUCAACCACGUCCAUGGGGUGUUGCAAACAUCCAGGCAUAUGAUAGACUACAGCAAGCUGCACAGGAGGUUUAUGAUAUUGGCCAUGAUGUGGUUGGUAGAGGUAGUGGAUACUACAUGGACAGUGGUGUCAAUGAUUUGGUGGAUCAGUUUGAGAGGAUUACUCGCAUACUCAAUGACACUGGAUUACUUCAUCUGGUCUGA